CCAUCAUUUCAUUCCUGACACUUGUCAUUCAGAGCUGCCAUUCUGAUCUUUUAUAGUCUGAUGAGAACCGUCGAGGAAAGCACAAACACAGAGGUAGAGGGAGAUUGAGAGAGAGAGAGAGAUAGAGAGAGAAUGUGGCCGUUUAACCGAAAAGGGCCAUCCGGGUUUUCCUCAUCUUCCACGGCAGAGGAAGUUACUCAGGGGAUUGAUGGAACUGGUCUCACUGCCAUUGUAACAGGAGCAUCUAGUGGUAUUGGCACUGAAACUACCCGAGUUCUUGCGAUGCGAGGUGUCCAUGUAGUUAUGGCAGUUAGGAAUAUGGCUGCUGGUAAAGAUGUCAAAGAAGCAAUAGCUAAGGAAAUCCCCGUAGCCAAGGUCGACGCCAUGGAGUUAGAUCUUAGCUCAAUGGCGUCUGUAAGGAAAUUUGCGUCAGAUUUCAAUUCCUCUGGGCUUCCGCUGAACAUCCUAGUCAACAAUGCAGGAGUUAUGGCAACACCAUUCGUGCUCUCCAAAGACAACAUAGAACUACAGUUUGCGAUAAAUCACUUAGGUCAUUUUCUUUUGACACAUCUUUUGUUGGACACGAAAAGAACAGCACGUAAAAGUGGUAAAGAAGGAAGAAUUGUUAAUGUGUCCUCAGGAGCUCACCGGUUCUCAUACCGUGAAGGAAUCCGUUUCGAUAGAAUAAAUGAUAAACAUGGGUAUAGCAGUCUAGCUGCAUAUGGCCAAUCAAAACUUGCCAAUAUUUUGCACGCAAAUGAGCUUGCAAGACAUUUCAAGGAAGAUGGGGUGGAUAUAACUGCAAAUUCACUUCACCCUGGCACAAUUGUCACCAAUCUUUUUCGCCAGAACAACAUUGUGAAUGGUCUUGUUGAUAAGCUUGGUCGAUUUGUGCUUAAAAAUGUUCAGCAGGGAGCUGCGACAACUUGUUAUGCAGCCUUGCACCCUCAAGUUAAGGGGGUGAGUGGCGAAUUCUUUGUGGAUAGUAACCGAUCCGAGGCAAGCAAACAAGGUAGGGACAUCGAGUUGGCAAAGAAACUCUGGGAUUUCAGCAUGAAUUUGGUUAGAUGAUGUACUCAACUCAUCAAAGAUUUUCAUACUUCCCAUUUGAAAAUAUAUAGAUAAAAUGACAUUAUUAAAACUAUAUUUAUCAUGUCCCGAAUCGAAGAGAGUCUUAUCAUA